AUGCAGAAGCAUUUCGCGCUAUUACUUACCGUCGGUGCACUAGUCGUACACGGUUACCCAACGGAUUUGGGCCACCAACAUGGCAGUGGUAGCAGUAGCGGUAGCUCGGCCACCAGUAGCUCACAGUCGGUAGGCUUCGGCGGCUUCCCGGCACUGCCCGGCUUCCAAGGAGGACUUGUUGGCCAGGGACAGUUCUCGCAGCCCCUUGUCGCUGGACCGGGUCACAAUGCCGGCGGAUGGAGUCCGGACGUGUUUGGCAAAGGUUUUCCAUUCCCACCCGUUCACGGUAGCAGCGCAAGCAGUUCGUCGUCCUCCAGCUCUUUCUCAUCGAGCCACGGUGGCAAAUUGAGCGGUUCCACGUCCCAGGCACAGUCCGCUAGUCACAGUGCAGGACAUGGUGGUGUAUCUGGCAGCUCUGCCGGAUCGCAAUCGUUCAGCAAGGAUGGUCACGGCCACCAUGGCGGUGAAAGUGGAAGUGCUGCUGGAGCUCAUUCAACUUCACACGAUUCGCACGGUCUCCAAGGAUCUUCUUCCGGUGCUACGUCACAGUCGGCCAACCACGGCCACCAUGGUCACGAUCAUGGAAAGGAUCUGUACAGUGGCUCGGGAGCGAAUGCACAAUCGCACUCACUUGACCAGCAGCAUCACGGACACCUUGGAGCUUCGGGCAGUUCCGCUGGAGCACAAUCUCAAUCUGGCUCCGCAGAUCACGGUCAUCACGGUCAUCUAGGAUCGGGAAGCAAUGCCGCCGCACAGUCCGUUUCACAAUCGGUGCAGGAUGCACACCACGGUCAUGGUCAUGGACCGAGCGGAUCCGCCAGCUCGGCCGGAUCCCAAUCACAGUCGCAAUCGAGUCAUGUGAAAGAUCAGGGUCACCACCAUGGUUCGGGAGGUCAGCAGCAUGGUUCCGGUGGACAUCAUCAGGAAUAUCACCAGGGACAUAACCGCGACGGUGGGUCAUACGGAGUGCGCGUGAGCGCGGACGAAUCCCAGGAUGGUACGGUGAAGAAAACUGCAAGCGAAGCUUGGGUUUGGAAGGAUUAA